AUUUCAGGACUGCUGGCUGGUUGAUUAAAGCUACUUUGCAGUAGUGGUUCGGAUACCGAAUUUCUUGCUCACCAGUCACCAGUCAGCCCCAGCUCACCAAGCCCGCCAGUUCCCUCCCCGUCUUCCAGUGCUGCCCAGCUUCCAUCCAAACAUUUUUAUGGAGCUUGCAAUUGCAUUACCAUCUUCCUCUUCCCUUCGAAUUUCAGCUGUUUCCAUUCGUCCAGAAGCUGCUCCCUACUGUUCAAGAAAUGCGCCCCAGCAGUUCAGACUGCCCGCUUACAAAGUUGCAGAGUUGGGUGCGCUCAAAUCUUCCCAUCUUUUGUCUUCUUCAAAUGGGUUUAUUCUGAGUCCAAUUGCGCUCUCAUCGACUACUUCCACAACUAAGCACCGCAGGCGCUUUUCCAUCUGGGCUUGCUCUGAAGUUGGUACUGCUGGAUCCUCCGAUCCCUUCUUAAGCAAAGUAUCGCAGUUCAAAGAUGCCUUCUGGAGAUUUCUGAGGCCUCAUACUAUUCGAGGAACAGCAUUAGGAUCAGUCUCAUUAGUGGCAAGAGCUCUGAUUGAGAACCCAAAUUUGAUAAGGUGGUCAUUGUUGUUGAAGGCUCUAUCUGGUCUUCUUGCUCUCAUAUGCGGAAAUGGUUACAUAGUGGGGAUAAAUCAGAUAUAUGACAUUGGAAUUGACAAGGUGAACAAACCUUAUUUGCCCAUAGCUGCGGGAGAUCUUUCUGUAAAAUCUGCAUGGUUUUUGGUGCUUUUUCUUGCAGUGGCUGGGGUUUUGAUUGUUGGACUGAAUUUUGGUCCAUUCAUCUCAGCGCUGUACUGCCUUGGUCUUUUUCUUGGCACUAUUUAUUCUGUUCCCCCAUUCCGCAUGAAGAGAUAUCCAGUUGUAGCAUUUCUUAUAAUUGCCACGGUACGUGGUUUUCUUCUUAAUUAUGGUGUGUAUUAUGCGACAAGAGCUGCUCUUGGUCUACCAUUUGAGUGGAGCUCGCCUGUGGCUUUCAUUACAACUUUUGUAACGUUAUUUGCACUGGUUAUUGCCAUCACUAAGGAUCUUCCAGAUGUGGAGGGGGAUCGCAAGUUUCAGAUAUCUACUUUGGCAACAAAGCUUGGUGUAAGAAAUAUAGCAUUUCUUGGUUCUGCGCUUCUAUUAAUAAAUUACGUUGGUGCUGUUUUAGCAGCCAUUUACUUGCCUCAGGCUUUCAAAGGUGGUUUAAUGAUACCCGUACAUGUUGUAUUGGCUUUGAGUUUAGUUUUCCAGGCGUGGCUACUGGAAAGAGCAAACUAUACCAAGGAAGCAAUCUUAGCAUUCUAUCGUUUCAUAUGGAAUCUCUUUUACUCGGAGUACAUAAUCUUUCCUUUCAUUUAGCCGUUUGGUAUUUUAACCUGAAGAUAUAGCUCAACAUGUGUCCAGAAGGGUUUUCAAGCGGCUGUAGGUUACUUCUCCCAUCACCUCAGGAUGGCAUCGACAGGCUUCUGGUGGAGCUUUUCAGCUCUCUUGCUUGUGUCUUUGGCUGCCCUGCCCUGAGGUGGAAUAAUGUAUAAUUUGGCUUCUGUUUUGAACAAGUCUUUGAGUCAGGAAGAAAGAGCAAAAAGAUGGUAGAAUGAGGGAAAUUUCUUGUACAUCUCUGGUCAACUUACACAUAAUAUUGAAAGUUAGACCUUGUACCAAUUGCCUAUAAAGAACAGAAAAUCUAAACAUUUUUGUAUCUAUGAAGAAUAGGAUAAAGCUGUACAGAUUUAUGAUUUCUGAAUCAGCAUUUGGACUUCCAGGGCUCCCCUAAAUAAAGA